AUGACUAACAUCUCCCACGAUCAUCCUUUGACCUACACCUUUGGCAUUUUGGGUAACAUAUUCUCCUUCAUGGUGUUUAUUGCCCCGGUACCUACCUUUUAUAGGAUCAUUAAGAAGAAAACAUCAGAAGGGUUCCAUUCAUUACCAUAUGUUGUUGGCUUAUUUAGCGCAAUGCUUUGGAUUUACUAUGCAAUGGUUAAAACCAAUGUUAUCCUUCUCAUCACCAUCAACUCCUUUGGCAUCUUUGCGGAGAUUAUUUACGUUGCUAUUUAUUUUACUUAUGCAACAAAAAAGCAAAGGAUCAAAUCACUAGGACUUGUCCUACUGUUGAAUGUCGGUGCCUUUGGACUCAUUAUUUUCCUCACUCAAAUUUUAUGCGAAGGACCAAAACGAGUUGCAGUUAUUGGAUGGAUUUGCAUGGCAUUUUCGAUUAGUGUAUUUGUAGCACCUCUAAGCGUUAUGGGACGGGUAAUACGGACCAAAAGUGUAGAAUUCAUGCCAUUUAACUUGACAUUAACCCUUGCAGUUAGUGCUGUAAUGUGGUUUAUGUAUGGUUUACUUUUAAGGGACAUUUACGUCGCGGUACCGAACAUAGCGGGAAUGCUACUGGGAGUGCUCCAAAUGAUAUUAUAUGGAAUAUACAGAAACUCCAAGCCAAAUGACGUUGCUGCAGAGACGAAAUUACCCACCAUUGUGAAAGUGGAUCAAGAGCUGCCUACUAAAGUUAAUUCUGAGCCAUAUCAAGUUAUUAUUCCAAUCAAGGGUGGUAAAAUUGGAGAGGCUAAAGAUGGUAAAAAUCUUGAAGAUGCCCACAUUAACUCUCAAGUGUGA